AUGCGAGCGAGCGAGACGGGACGCUGCCAAACAAAGCAAGCGAGACGGGACGAUUUGUUGUGGCGUUUUUACGACGCGCUUCAUGCAUGCACUGUUUAUAAACGUCUCGCCAUCGACAGAAUCACACCCGAAUCAGCUGUUUUUUUUUUGUGUUUGUCUCCUGCACAUGUUUGACGAAGCACCAUCACGCAGCAGAACUAUAAUCGUCCGCCAGCCAGUGGGGUUCCCGCGCCAGUAGUAGCGUUCCCUCUACCAAAGAAGAUCAGGAUGUGUAAAUAUUUAGUAGUGGUAGUGGUGGUGUUCAUUUUAGGUUUGCUAGAGCUGGCCACCGCCAGCGAGUGUAAGCGAGUGGGGGACUGUUCCUGCGAGUUCUCCGACGGGACCGGUAUUAAUCUGCGUCCACUGAUCGAUAUCGGUGCCCAACCGCUGCACGCCAACGAGUCGAACGGCGAUUCGUACUAUUUCAGCCCAUGCCAGGACAUACAGUACACGACGGACGAUAGCACGCCGAACAUAACCAACGACUGCCGGAAAGGCUACACGCUCUGCAAACACGAAGUGGCAAGCAAUAGGUUGGUACGGUUGGGUGAGCUGAAGGAAACGCAAUUUACCACCGACGAUGGGCUGUUUCUGAGCUACAUCAAACCGAACCAAAGUGUAACGCAUGUGAAGCUGGUAUGUACCACCGAUAAGAAAUCGUACUUUUUCCCGGAUUCCGUCAACAAUGUCACCACGCAUCUGUUGCUUUUCUCGCCGUACGCAUGUCCCAUCGUGUUGGAAGAUUUCAGCAAACCCAGCACCGGUACGGUACUGUUGAUAAUGCUGUUCGUGGUCGCUGUGUCGUACUUCCUCAUCGGUGCCACGGUGAACGCAUUCUACAUCGGUGCACGGGGCAUGGAAAUCGUGCCGCACGUGGAUUUCUGGCGCGAACUGCCCAGUCUCGUGCGGGACGGUGCCCAGUUCCUGCAGAAUGGGUGCCGGGUCACUAAUCGCGCACCGGAUCCUGAUUCGUACGACGCCAUAUAAACGCUGCGUGGACACUGCUGUUACCGACUGAAUGCUGCGCGACCUACUUCAUUUCGGCGGUUUUCGGCUUCUCGUCACCGAAUGAUGCGAUCCAAGCAACCAUAGAGACAGAGCUUCCCGCAACUACAUACACAAUACGCAGCGCCAGUGUGUGUGUGUUUGGGUGUGCGCGAUUAUGCGAUUACGCAGGGGAGGAAUAGAAAAUGUCUUUAUUUAAACAGCUAAGAUGUGUUGUGAAUAAAAUCUAAUUUCACCAUGUACGUUCUUACGUA